GGGGGGGUAGAGCCGCAAUGGCGGUCGGCGGCGGCGGCGCUCGGAGGGACUCAGGCAGAGCGGCUGCGAAACCGGCCGCCCCGCUCCCUCUGUCAGACAUCGCAACCUCUGCCUCUCCACAGCAAGCGCCAUCUUGGCUCGGCGAGAGGAGCGGCGCGGCGAGGCAGAAGCAAGAGCGAGUGGAGUACCUUCAGAAGGCCCAGUUUCUCCUACACGAGAGGAACUUUCUAUGGCAGCAGAUUUACUUCAAAGUGAGAAUGGCAGUGGUGCAGAGCUGGCAAAGCCUCUCCAUCUUCAGUACCUGGAGCGUGCUCUUAGACUUGAUCCUUUCCUGCGUCAGGCAGCAAAUGUCUUCAACAGGCCUAUUUCAAGUGACGAGAGCGAUGAUGGGCUUGAAGAUGCUUCGUCAUUGUCUAAAACCGGUUCUGGAAAUCUUCUGAACAGUGUUAAAAAGGAGCCUGUAGAUGAGGAACUGGGAGAGCAACCAGAAGUUGGACAUAGCAGAACUCUGACAGCUCCACCCUCGCUCAAUGGUGCCUUUCAUCCAGCAGAAUUCAAAGUUGAGAAGGGAAACGUAUACAAUUUCAGCAAAUUGAAGAAAAGCAGGAAAUGGCUGAAGAGUAUUCUCUUGAGCAAUGAGACUUCAGACUCCAAUACAGAUGAUGAUGAUAUCGAAGGGGAGUUUGUGCUCACCAAGGAGGAGUUGCACGAUAUGUUGCGUCUGCAUAAGUACAGGAAGUUGCAUCAGAGCAAAGUGCACAAUGAUAGAGAGCUCCAGCAAUACCGAUACUACAGCACAGGUCUACUGUCCACACACGACCAUUUCUAUGAACAACAGCGCCAUGUCCUGGGCCCCAGCAGGAAAAAGAAGAAAGAGGAGAAAAAAAUGAAGGCCAAAUUGAAGAAAGUGAAGAAGAGGAAGAAGCGUGAGGAGGAACACUCGUCUGGAGAAUCCCCACGAAGAACUGAGAUGAAAAUAUUUGCCAAGUUCUCCCAUGAUGCUCCUCCUCUCGGUUCAAAGAAAAAGCACUUGAACUUAGAGCAGUUGAAUGCACGGCGACGCAAGGUCUGGCUCAGUAUUGCCAAAAAGGAGGUUCCCAAGGUCUACAAACAAAAGUCCUCUGCUCGGAACAUGAUCCUCACCAACACCAAGAAGCUGGCUCACCAGUGUAUGCGAGAGGUGCGGAGGGCUGCCAUCCAGGCACAGAAAAACUGUAAAGAAACACUGCCUCGAGCCCGGAGGCUAACCAAAGAGAUGCUUUUAUACUGGAAAAAAUAUGACAAAGUAGAGAAGGAACAUCGAAAGCGAGCAGAAAAGGAGGCUCUGGAACAGCGAAAACUUGAUGAAGAGAUGCGUGAGGCAAAGAGACAGCAGCGGAAGUUGAAUUUCCUAAUCACGCAAACAGAGCUGUAUGCACACUUCAUGAGUCGGAAGCGAGCUUCUGGGAAUGAUGCUUUGCAGGAGGAAAUAUUGAUGAAGCUGGAUGACAGUGUGAUCUUCAGACAGAUUGAUAUUGGAGGAGGUGUGAUGGUUAAUGUCAGUCAAGAAGAUUACGAUAGUGAAUACUAUAAAGCACAGGCAUUGAAGAAUGCAGAGGAUGCCUUUCGAGUGCAGCAAGCCAAAACCAGAUUGUUCGAUGAGGAAGCAAAGGAGAGCCGCAUGGCUGCAUUGCGGGCAGCCAAUGAGUCGGGGACUGGUUUCGGGGAGAGUUACAGCUUGGCCAACCCUUCCAUUCGGGCUGGUGAAGACAUUCCUCAGCCUUCCAUGUUCAAUGGCAAGCUCAAAGCCUACCAACUGAAAGGCAUGAAUUGGCUGGCUAACCUUUAUGAGCAGGGUAUCAAUGGAAUUCUGGCUGAUGAGAUGGGACUUGGGAAGACAGUACAGAGCAUUGCUUUCUUGGCACAUUUAGCUGAGAGAGAAAAUAUUUGGGGUCCAUUUCUAAUCAUCUCUCCUGCCUCCACACUGAACAACUGGCAUCAGGAAUUCUCCAGAUUUGUUUCACGAUUCAAGGUGUUGCCUUACUGGGGGAACCCACAUGACAGAAAGGUGAUCAGGAAGUUCUGGAGCCAGAAAACAUUGUACACCCAAAAUGCACCAUUCCAUGUGGUGAUAACCAGUUACCAGCUGGUGGUUCAGGAUGUGAAAUACUUUCAGCGGGUGAAAUGGCAGUAUAUGGUGCUAGAUGAGGCCCAGGCACUCAAAAGCAGCUCCAGUGUUCGUUGGAAGAUUUUGCUGCAGUUUCAGUGCCGGAACCGAUUGCUGCUGACAGGGACUCCUAUUCAGAACACUAUGGCAGAGUUGUGGGCGCUGUUGCACUUUAUCAUGCCGACUCUCUUUGAUUCCCAUGAUGAAUUCAAUGAGUGGUUUUCCAAAGAUAUUGAAAGCCAUGCUGAGAACAAGUCUGCCAUCGAUGAGAACCAGCUGUCACGUCUGCACAUGAUUCUCAAACCUUUCAUGCUGAGGAGGAUCAAAAAGGAUGUGGAGAAUGAGCUCUCAGAUAAGAUUGAGAUCUUAAUGUACUGCCAACUGAAAAGUAGGCAGAAGAUGCUGUACCAGGCUUUGAAGAAUAAAAUCUCCAUCGAAGACCUGCUCCAAUCGUCCAUGGGAACCACACAGCAGGCCCAGAACACCACCAGCAGCCUCAUGAAUCUAGUCAUGCAGUUUCGUAAGGUCUGUAACCAUCCAGAACUGUUUGAACGCCAAGAAACUAAAUCACCUUUUCAUAUGUCUCUGAAACCGUACAACAUUCCCAAACUUAUUUACAGAGAUGGGCAGAUCAAUCAUUUCAAUCAUUGUCGCAACAGGUGGUUACGAGUCAUUCUAUCUCCAUUCUCCCCAGCCUACAUUCAGCAGUCUCUUUUUCAUAGAAAAGGUAAUGAUGAAGGAAGCUGCUUUUCUUUUCUGAGAUUCAUAGAUGUAUCACCAUCUGAAAUGUCAAAUAUGAUGCUUCAAGGGAUGCUUGCAAGAUGGUUAGCUCUUUUCUUAUCACAGAAAGCUGCCUAUAGGCUUCACCAUGCACGCAGUUGGAGAGAGAGUGAGGUGAAGAGGCAACAUCUGAGCAACACAGACCUGAUUCUGUGGGUAGAUUCCUGCACAUCUUUCCCCAACAUCCACAGCAGUAAAGGUUUCCAGGAUCUUUGUUUUACUGGCUAUUGCAAAGCAGUAAUAAGCCACACCCAGCACCUUAUCCAUCGACGAAAAUUGGCUACCUCAUCCAUCCGCCACAGUCAGACCACAGAAAUGCCAGCUUUUCUCUACAACAGCAUACCCAAGGUGACUGCUGUUCCACGGGACAUCUACUGUUGUGAUCGGGGUGCAGAGAACGAGCGUCGAUUGAUGAAGGAAGGUGGCCACCUCACUGUCAAGCAGUGCCUCUUGUAUGGAACCCCAGAGCUAGCUCUUCAUUGGAGAAAUCGGCUGUCUUUCUUCUUUCUUGAAAAUCCUGGGGGUUUGUUAGCUGUUCAGUCGAGGCAUGGCUGGUCCUUCAUUAGGAUUCCUGACAAAGAAAGCCUGAUCACAGACAGUGGGAAGCUACAUACUCUUGACAUCCUCCUAACACGGCUAAAAGCCCAGGGCCAUCGUGUGCUUAUUUACUCCCAGAUGACACGUAUGAUCGAUCUGCUAGAGGAGUACAUGGUCUUCAGACAACAUACUUACAUGAGACUGGAUGGCUCAUCAAAAAUAUCUGAGAGACGGGACAUGGUGGCAGACUUUCAAAGCAGAACAGAUAUCUUUGUGUUCCUUCUCAGCACCAGAGCUGGUGGCCUUGGCAUCAAUUUGACAGCUGCUGAUACAGUUAUAUUUUAUGACAAUGACUGGAACCCAACUGUGGAUCAGCAGGCUAUGGAUCGAGCUCAUAGGCUGGGACAGACAAAGCAAGUAACUGUGUAUCGACUCAUCUGCAAGGGAACAAUAGAGGAGCGAAUCCUGCAGCGUGCCAAGGAGAAGAGUGAGAUUCAGCGGAUGGUUAUUUCUGGGGGCAACUUCAAACCCGACACACUCAAACCAAAGGAGGUGGUCAGUUUGCUGUUGGAUGAUGAGGAACUGGAGAAGAAAUUGCGCCUGCGACAGGAAGAGAAACGAAUACAAGAAGAAUCAAAUAAAGUGAAAGAUCGAAAAAGGAAACGAGAAAAAUAUGCAGAAAAGAAGAAGAAGGAGGAUGGAGAGAAUGCUGUGAAGAGAAGGAAAGAGGGAUGGACUAUGUUGACACCUUCAUUAGCAUCUGCAGAUAACUCCAACAUGUCCUCAGGAAACCUGUCAGCAGAUGGGGAAGAAUCUUUCAUCAGUGUGGACUCAGCCAUGCCUAGCCCUUACAGUGAGAUAUCUAUGAGCAGUGAACAGCACACUGGAUCGAUCGCACCCGAUGAAAGUAGCAGUGACCUUGUGAUUGUGGACGACCCAACGUCAGCUUCGCAGUCCAGAGCAACCAAUUCCCCAGUCUCCAUUGCAGGCUCAACUUCAGACCAUGUGAAUGGUGUUUCACAAGAUAAAUCUGUUACUAACGUUGGCCCAUCAGGGAGGGGCAGGGGCCGUCCAAAAGGAUCUGGAAGUACCUCAAAAGGUUCGGGAAAAAAUCGAGGGCGCAAGUCUACUGCUGGCAGUGCUGCAGCAAUGGCAGGAGCCAGGGCCGGUGCAGCAGCAGCUUCAGCUGCUGCAUAUGCUGCAUACGGGUACAGUGUGUCGAAAGGUAUGACAGGAAGCGGCCCUGGGCAGUCUCCCCUCUCUUGGCCAACCAGCACUGCCACCUUUGGAAUGAUGAGCACUUCCCCUUUGAGCUCCCCUCACAGUAUGUCUAACAGCGUCCCAGGGACACCCCAGACUCCGACUGAUACAAGCACGCCUUCGCCGUCCCCCAGCAAGAAGGCCAGCAGAGGCCUGGUUCAGCCCCCAGCUGUUGGGGGGCGGUAACCAUGAACAGUGGGGAUGGUUGGUGGGAUGGCUGCAGUGAGUGGGCGGGGAGGGAGGGCGAGUCACAAGACUCAUGUUUAAGGAUUUAGAGUUGUUUUAAUAGAAGUGAAAUCAUGGAGAAGCCUUUUCCCUCUGAAUGACGUGUACAUAAUGUUUACCAGGAGAGCACAGAAUCCUUGUUUGUUUCUUUUUGAAUGUGCUAUUUUUUUAUAGAUGAAUUUGUAAAUAUGUACAAAAAAAAGUGAGAAAUCAAACAGAAACUGCUAUCUUUUACUAACCUGACAGACUGGUGAGAAUCCAGCCAAGUGAUGAAUCGUAAUUUUAUGGAGAGAUUGUAUGCGUGUGAAUUUUUACUAGUUUCCAGUGCUGAGAGGUAAACAUUCUGAAGUCCUUGUGUUUUAAUUUGCAGAGGCGGAAGCUAUUUCCCCUUGAGAACAGAAGCAGCAUUCAGCUUCCUGUGCCUUCCUCUAUGCCUCCUCCUUCCUCAUACCACUGUUAUAUUUGCAUCAGUCAGCUGCCAGUGACUGCAAGUGGCACCUGCUUAAGUGCUGCAGUGACCCCUGGACUGGCCGGGACAAGCCUCCAAGUACAAGUCCCAGUCUGCUGACUGUUGGCAGCCAGCACACAUCGAAGCUUGAGAAAUGUAACAUCCAGUCUGUGUUCCCACUCCCAUUGUUGCUCAGUUAAAGACUCUGGCACUCAGUUAAUAUGAGGAAGAAACAGUCACAUUCACUUGGAAAUUCCCAGCAUAACUGUCAGCCAAUGGGAGGAAGAGAGCAGUUGCUCACUCCUUUCUGUGUCAGAAACUGACAGGCCCACUGUCUGCAUUUUCAGCAUCAAUCUGAACAGAAACAGACAUGUUGUGACCUGAUUGAAACCCUCCAGCAGUGUAGAAAGCUGUGACCAGUUCAGGAUUAUCCUCAUGUAACAGAGGGUUACUGCUGUGUUACUGCAGGUACCAGCCCUGUCCAACCAGCAUCGAUGUACAGAAAUCACAGGUUAAAGGAAAGGACAUCUGCAAUACCCACAGGGUAUACUUAGUAUCCUAGCACAGAUAAUGGCAUCACCAUGUGAUAGCUACUUGAAAUCCAAAUAUAGUGAUCUAGAAACCUGCACGGGGCAUUAACUUUUCUUUUAAUCUCAAAUUUUAAGGAUAUUUUGCAUGGCCAAAGCAGUGCAAUUCUUUGAUAAUCCAACAUGUAACACAAUGGAUAUGGAUUGAAUUCUGCACUUCAUCCCAAAAUUUCAAUUCUCUCCUAUGUUGCCAUUAAUAGGAGAUGCUGAAAAGAGCCCAGAGGUUGGCCAGCAAUACAUUUCCACUCUACUGUAUCGUUCUGGUUGUGUACAAGCAGUGCUUUGUAAUUGAGAAUGUGUAAGUCACAAGUUCCUCCAUCGAAUUCAAACUAAAUUUAACAUGCUAAUCAUUGCAGUAGAGUUGUAAAUGUGGUGCCGGCUUCAGAAUUGUUGUCUCGUCUCUCCUCCCCUUUUGUUGCCCAGUUUCUCACCUCACCAUCUUGUCCUAUCCUUCUUCACCUCUCUCUCACGCUCUCUGCAACCACUUCAUACUGCACUCUGUCUUGCCUCCCCCCCCACCCCCACCCCCAACCAAUCCUGCCUGCCCCUUUCGUCUGUCUCUCUCUUACACUAUGUAUUUUCUCUCACCGUCUCUCAUUGCUGACAUCCCUCCCUGUUCUCCCCAGUGUGGCCCACUCCCUGCAUUGGGUCUGUCUGUUUUUCUGUCUCUUCUCCUCUGCCCCCAAUUUCCAUCAUCUCUCACCCUGAUCUCAAUCUUCCCUUUUUCCAUCCUCUCUUGUUCACUACCUCACUCAUCCUCUUGUCCCCUCUCUGCUUGCAUUGCCUGCGUUUUCCAGCUUCUAACUCAGCUAAAACCUCUGCUUAUUUGAGGUGUGGAACAUUAAGGCACAGAAUAACCUUCCUGAGAGCUGCCAUCUGUUUAACAUUCAGCCAGAACCCCAGGAGCAGCCACUGCACCCCAUUUGGAUAGGUCAAAACAGCGCAAAGUGAAGAAAUUGGAGGCUGAAUUCUGACAAUAGCUGAUGUAUUGUGAAGUGGGAUAUAUAUACAGUAUUUAACGUAGUGAAAACAGAUGAAGUUUUUGAGCAUUCUAAAUUAUAUCAAGGUUAAAAUCCAUAUUUUAAUAUUUGCAGUUAGUAUUGCUCUCCAGUUGAACUCCGUGUCCCUUCCUUGUGUUGACAGGCUUGGUGUUGCCUUACAUCUCUGAUUCACCGGCUGCUUAGUUUUUCCAUCCAGUGGAAUGGAUCUGUUGAAAGACUCCAUGUAUAAUUUAGGAGACAUCGUUCUGCUUGUAUGGGCAGCUCUGUGAGACAGUGUGAACAACCUUUCCCCCACCCCCAAUGAAUACAACAGAACUCCAGUCACUGACUAACCAGCAAGAUACACUGACAUGCAACAGUGCAGUAGUUUGAUCUAAACCCUGGGCAGCUGCCAUGGUUAGAACAACCAGGUUGCAAGUGACUGUGUCACACUCAAAUCACAUCCUUUAUCCUUUCUGCAGGUUGCACUUCUAGCCAGUGUGCACUAUCUUAACAGCUGCAUCUGUCCUUGUGUAAGGGCUGAACCUCAACCAUAAAACCCAAAUUAGGCAGGUUCUGCAAGCAUCUUCCUUUGGCAAAUGCAUAGUGAUGUGUUGCAGACAGUGUGCCUGGAUGAGAGGAGGGUGCCUCGUGUGGGAUCUUCGGGUUCUGUUUCAAGUUGCUGCACUUGUCUCUUUGUGGUCCAGACACACACUACAUCACUAAAUGUUUGUACUUUUAAAGAGAAUGCAUGACAGUUUCAGACCUAUUACCCAAUUUGAUGCCUGGCACAUGUUGUAAAAUCAAACAAAGCCCUAGGCCUUUUUAUUUAAAAAUUCAUUUCUGAUCUACAUGUAAGCUGGAUCCACAGUUCAGAGUUGGAAAGAUUUGAGGAGGAUGCAUGGAAGAUGAGGCCUGGGUGGUUAAUUAUUCAAUGCAAUACCAGUUCACUGAAUCAGUUUGUACCCCCACCCUCCCCUAACAGUACAGGCUGGUUAACUGAUUUAUUUUAUUGCUAUGCCAUAACUCAGUACAAUCAGUUAAUGAAAUCAUAAUUUGUGUUCAACCUUAGCAAAAAUGAUUCAGGUACAGCAGUACAGUAUCAAAAUAAAAUCGAAGUGUCUAUAAAGAACUGACUAUAUUUGUGUUUCU